UCAAGUCAGUUGUGUUUUUUGUGUACUACGGCGCACUGCACUCUGCUGCGGCCUUGUUCUGUCAAAAAAAUGAGUCUGCAGGCCGCUUUUCCACGCGUUUGCUCCGUCGGCUGCAGAUUUUUGACAACUGCAGCCGCCGUCGACAGCAGAACGGCCGAAUGGGAAUCGGCGAAGCCCUACGAAGAGAUCCCGGGACCUAAACCGAUCCCGGUGCUCGGCAACAAGCACCUCUUUAUAUUCGGGAAAUACAACUUCAGCAACAUGACGGAGGCACAUCGCAAAAUCAACAAUGAAUACGGCGACAUUGUCAAGUUCACGGGGUUGGAGCCUCGCAGGGACUUUGUUAUGGUGUACAACGCGGAUGACAUCGAGACCGCUUUCAGGAACGAAGGCAUUUGGCCUGAGAGACCUUCCCUUAAAUGCGUGAAUUAUUACCGUGAGACGGCCAGGAAGGACUUUUUCCAGGGCGUUGGAGGAAUUCUCAACGACCAAGGUGAGCCGUGGCACAAGAGCCGCACCCUAGUCAACCCAGUCAUGAUGCAGCCAAAGACAGCCAAGCAAUACUCUAAUGGAAUCAACCAGGUUUCUGAGGAAUUCAUCGCUAGGAUUCCUAGCUGGAGGGACGCAAAGAAUGAAAUGCCAGAGGAAUUUAAAAAUGAACUGCACAAAUGGGCCCUGGAAUCAAUCGCACUGAUCGCUUUGGAUACGCGUUUGGGCUGCCUCGGCCCAAACAUGAAGCCAGAUUCUGUUCCUCAAAAGAUGAUCUUGGCCAUACACCAGCUUUUCACCGACAUACAUAUUUUGGAAAUGAAAAGUAUGAUGUGGUAUUUUAUCCCUACACCAACUUUCAAGCGCUUCAUCAAAAACUCGGAUUUGCUUAUGGAAAUCAGCUACAACUACAUCAAGGAGGGCAUGGAGCGGUGCAAGAACAAGAAGCCGGGCGAAGAGGCCAGCAGCGUGUUGGAGAAAUUCCUGGAAAGGGACCCUGACCCAAAGAGGGCCAUCAUUAUGGCCCUUGACAUGCUCUCUGCUGGUGUCGACACUACGUCACACGCGUUGACAAAUGUUUUGCUGCACCUUUCGGAGAACAAGGACAAGCAGACGCUGCUGUUUAAUGAGUUGAAGCAGUUCAUGCCCAAGGUGGACACCCCUCUCACGCACGAGUCACUUGAAGAAAUGAAGUACCUCAAGGCCUGCGUCAAGGAGUCCAUGAGAAUCAGACCUGUGGCUCCGGGCAACGCAAGGACGACGCGCUCCGAGUUAGUUCUCUCCGGCUACAGAAUUCCCAAAAACGUGGACGUGGUAUUUCCGCACGGACUACUUUCCACAAUGGAAAAGCACUACCCCGAGCCCCAGAAAUUCAUCCCUGAGCGGUGGAUCCGUGGCGGGGAACAAGCGCACAAGGCCCACCCCUUCGUCACCCUCCCUUUCGGCCACGGCGCGAGGAAGUGCGUCGGAAUGCGAUUUGCUUCCAUGGAAAUUGAGAUGCUCCUCGCAAAGAUGGUGCGGAGAUUUGAAUGGGACUACAAAUACGGCCCAAUGCGUUACGAAACCACCUUGAUUGACGCGCCCAUCGACCCUUUGCGGUUCACCGUGCUUGACCGAUGAAGUACAAAUUGUUUGGAACAAAUGAAAUUCGUUUCACAUUAUUUUUGACUCAAGAUUUUCACUAUAUUUAUAUACAACAUGAUACAUAAAUUAUAUCCACAAAGAAGAUGCACACUUAGAAUGAUGCACAUGAUAUGUAGGAAGAAAAAAAUUACGCGGGUGUUUGUAAAAGUAACUCGGUCAGAGGUCAGAAUUAUUGUAAAAGUUUAAACAAGGUCAUUCCAAAGUCAAGGAAUAAAAUGCAAAAUAAACUGCCUAAUAAAAUCUUUUCCGAAGCCCUAUUAAAUUUUCCAGCAUUUUGAUUUUAUCACAUUCACAAUUCAUUAAAUCUUGUCUGCAAAAACUUCUUUAAUCGUACAUAUAUAAUAAAAUGAGAGCGCAAUAAAAUUUAUGGCAUUGUACAAUGAAAACAACUCUAUAUAAUAUUUAUAAGUGUUUGUGCAUAAAUUUUCGCCACCUCUGCUCUGGAUAAAUAGUCUUACACGACGUUGAUAAGAUUUUUUAUCUUAUAUUUGGCAUUUGCGCGAAUCUUACACAUGAAAAUAAAUAACCUAAAUCACAUUUAGCGGCAACAUUGCUGGGGCAAAUCGAAAACGGAAAAGACUCACUUGGAAUACAUCUCGUGGGAUAUAGGAACAUUUAAAUUUCUCUUUUUCUGCCACACUAAUGUUUAAUCGUCACCGUGUAUGUACACUGAGUUAAUUAAAGCAUCACUAUUUUUUUUCUCUUUAAUCCUCCGCCUAAAUACUUGGU